AGAAGCAGUCGUGUUUCGACCCGAACGCAUCGAACCGCAGCUACGACCUGAAAUUCUGUUCUCGUUGAUCUCAGCGAAUUUUUGUAUUAUUAUUCUCACGCCCGCAAGACCCCCGACCGUUGCGCAACCACGCACGAUAACGAAACGAUGAGCUCAGGGAAGUUUCUCCUCUCCACCAAGAAGCAGAAGUACGCGGUGGUGGCCUCGGACAACAAAACGCUCCUCUCCCGCCACGAUCUGCGUAGCAUCGAUCGCUUUGUUGACAAGCGAGUCGUCACGGCGACGUACGCCAGCGGCACCGAGCCGCCGCCCUCGCAGGGCAUUCCGGCGCUGCCUUUCGAGAAGGUCAAAGAGAACUGCGAUGACAUCCUCCAGCUCUCGGUGAGUGCCAUUCACGAGCACGAAAGUGCCCUGGACGUUCCGCUUCGCUUUGUGGCACCGGAGGAGUACCACGCCCCCGUUAUCGAGGAGCCGCCGUCGCGGCUUCCACUCGCGCGGCGCAUUGCGGCUCUCAUCCAAGGUGCCGGCAGCACAGCCGUCUCCUGGCGCUACGCCCCGCCGGUGUCGCGCGACUACACCGUGACGGAGAUACAGGCCACCAAAGACGCGGAGGGGCGCGCGCAGUCUUCGCUGCGUGGCGGAAAGAAGCGCAAAGCAGCGCAACUGUACUGCGUAUCGGGCUGCCUCUUCUACAACUACGGAAACCUAGAGCGAGCGGUGAGCUGCUUUGGCAAGGCCCUCAGCAUCGCCGAAGAGCUGCAAGACGCACGUUGUCUGGCGUUCUGUCACAACAUCCUUGGCGUUUGUCACUACCGCCUGGGCGAGUUCAAGGUCUCCCUUAUCCACCACAAGAAGCAGGAGGCGCUGGGUGGGUGCUACUCCCGCGCCGUGGCGGAGACGAACAUGGGCGUCAGCUACGUCGCCCUCGGCGAGCUAGAGUUUGCGCAGCAAGCCUACGAAGAUGCCCUGCUGAACGCGCGUGAGACGAAGGACUCGAUGUUGCUGACGAUUGCCCUCGGCAACGUUGGCCUUGUGUCGCUGCGCAUUGGCGACAUGCGCGCGGCCCAGUCACACCUGGAGCAGUGUUUGGAGCAGUGCAGUCUUGCGGGCGACAAGAGCGGUGCCUCCCUCUGCCUGUUGCUGCUAGGCGAGGUCUACUCGCUCAUUCACGAUCACCAGCACGCGUUGUUCUACUACGAGCACGCCUUUCGCGUUGGAGGAGAGGCGAAGAAUCCUGAUGUAGUGAACCUCGCACGCGUCAGCAUCGGCAUUGCCCGCGGCAACGCGGCAAUUCGCGACGCCGUGUUGAAGGAGGCGGCCGCGAUGGGGAAGACCAACACCGUCCAGAGCGUUGUAAAUCAGUUGCCACAAUGA